CGGUGCCUCGCAGUCGAUCCGUGAAAGCUGCUGCGAGCCAAAGCGAAGCGAGUCGACCUUUAACUUGGUUUUCCAUGAAUUCUCGUGAGCUACCCGUCGACCAAGAGCUCGUGACAGCUCACCGCAGGUUGUAAGGCGGAUGACCUUCUUCGUUCUAUCUGGAACAUCGCCAGCCUUGUCGGAGUGAGAGUUUCAUGAAGGAUCGGGUCAUGGGCCGCACUGGAUACACGUGCAUCAGGCACGUCUUCUGCUCCCUCAACGUUCUCAUCUGGUUAUGCGCUUGCGGAAUUUUGGGUGCGGGCCUUUGGCUGCGACUGGCUUAUUCCGGAUAUGCGACCUUGGUGCCGCAGUACAGCUUCGCGUCGGCUGACUCGCUGCUGCUCGCCGCGGGAUGCGUCACAUUCGUCAUCGCCUUCUUCGGAUGCUGCGGCGCGUGGUUCCAGUCGAGAUGCAUGCUAAUCACGUAUUUCAGCCUGGUGAUACUCAUGUUCCUCGCUGAGUUUAUGCUGGGCACCCUGGCGUUCGUGUUCAGGGAACACCUUGCGCGCAGCCUGAAGGAGGAACUGCUGUACGGCAUCGAGAAGCAUUACAAUAUCACCAGGGAACCGGGAACACUGCCUGCUGUGUGGGACCACAUACACACGGAGUUUCACUGCUGCGGCGUGCGCGACUACACGGACUGGUUCCAAAUCGAAGCGUGGCCCGAGGAGGACCGCGUGCCAGACUCGUGCUGCAUGCAAAGAGAACGCUACUGCGGCCGGCUGGAUCCGGAGGGUCGUAACAAGGAGCUCUGGUACAAGGAGGGCUGUGCCUCCGCCAUCCAGACGUGGCUGGUCACCAGACUCCACGUGGUGGGCACGGUCGGCCUGGUCGUCGCGUUCCUCCAGCUGUUCGGCCAGGUGGCCAGCAUGAUACUCUUCUGCACGGUCAGACACAAGAGGUCCUCGCACACGUACAAGAGCUACGACACCACCAACACCUAGAAUCUCGAUCCGGUCUUGGACGAGACCACCGUCUGAGAUCGGAGAACAUACCCUUCUCGACUCCCGUCGCGUGUCCCGCGCGGGAACGACAUGACGAGACCUUUUCGGGACUGUCUUCGCGCGAUAGGCCCUCCUCCUUCCCCGCGGGUAGGAGGACCACGACGUCGCGGUUCCUUUCGCUUGCGAUCCCGCGUUAAAAUUCGCACGUAUUAUAAACGGUAAGGGGCGACGCGAUAAGAGGGACGGAAAUUCGUUAGGAGAAAUCGUUCACGGACCAGCGAACAUUGCCCUACGAACGUAUCUACGCACGAAGGGCGGUAGGGUGGGUGAGCAGGGGCGGGGGGAGGAGGAGGUGAGUCUUUUACAUAGGUAAAUAAAAAACAACAUAGUGAGCUGCAGUUGACCAAAACAUUUCCGCCGUGUACCAAAAGUAUGAUAGAUAUUUAAUCGACGGUUCUACAAGCUAUCUUCUUCAUAGUUUAGGUCUUUUGGCAACAUACACACCCACACACGCACACACAUGUACAUAUACAUAUAUGUACGUAUUUGUUUUUCGGUGAUUUUUAAUUUCCGACGAUUAAUUACCGCGACUUCUAAUGAUCGUUUGACUCUGCCGUUAACAAUUAUCGCCAUUCUUAAUUGCAACGCUUACAAAUGUAAGCGACGCGAUGAUCCAUGGGUCCCCAUAACCAGUAUUUAUUAGAUAAUCGAGUAGGUAGAGAAUCUGACAGCAGAAAAGUUAAUUUAUACAUGAAAAUAAUUUAUGUAAUCGACGAGAAUAUUAUAAGAUCGACCGUUAAAUUGAGAUGUCCUUUUCUAACGG